CCAAUUGGACGCGACUGCGAGGCCUGCACUGGACAAUGUGUGGGGAAGUGGGUCUUGUGUCCCGCUUAUCGCCACUCGAUAAGCCGCCACCGUCUAAACCCACUUUUCGGCCCCACCUCCUCGGACUGGGCUUAUCGGGUCGGAAUCGACGGGCUUUGCGGCGAUGCAUGACUAGCUCGCUAAAUCUGGAUCUGUCUGCGCUCGCGAUUUCUGAUUGAUACAUUAGCUGGACUCGUCAUCGUCAUCGUCGCCAGGAGCGGCCGAUAGCCAGCUCCAGAUAGCCGUGGUGCAGGCUAUCUUCUGGUGCAAAGUCUGCUUGCGUAGAAGUUCCACAACGAUUGGCCAAGAUAAAAAAUUGCAUAGACCGAGUGCUUCAGCAAAUGUGUUCGUGGGUACUUGGAUGUGACCCGACUGGAUGUAGUGGGGCUCUGGAGCUGACAAUCUCGCCAAAAGAGAGAUUUUCCAAGUCGAUGGAUGUGAAAACUAGCUGGAGUGCUGAAACCUAGCCGUUAGAAUUCGAUUCAAGUGCUUCAAGUGCCAGACUCCCAUUGCCAACACUAGAAAAUGUCCUUAAGGGACGCGAAGAGCACUUGCCAACACUCGGAAAUCGCGCCUGCGCCGGAAAACAACAAGCGCCUAAUCAAUAAAAACAUAAAAUUUAGUGCGCAAGGAGCAUCAGCAUCAGCAGCAGGAACAGGAACAGGACAAAAACAAUAUUCCCCAAGGACUCCAACAGAACGCACAGCACCUUCCGUUGAGGCCGAGAAAGCCACAUUCGAUUGGCAGGAGCUUCGAGGACAGAGGAUACGCAGCUACCAGGUCUGCAGCCCGCAAGAGUGAACAUUGAGGAUUUGCUGUCGCAAAGGGCCCAUCUGAGGCUCUGAGCAGCCAGGUGAACCAGUCAGGUCCAGGGAAGAAAGCUCCAGAGGAUCGAGGCAGCCGCGGAAGCAUCCCAAGCGCAUACGAAGAACAGGACAAGAUGUACAAGACCAUCAGGCACGGGGAGAACAGCUUGCAGUACACGAUUCUGCCCCAGAACGACGACUUCCGCAUCGAGGGCAAGCUCUCGGGCUCGGGACGAUCGGGCUCCGCCGGCGGGGGAGCCUCCUCCACCGCCUCCGUCAAGGCCAAGGGCCAGCGACGCCGGCGAUCCUUCUUCGCCUACUUGGGCUUGAUCUUCGUGUGCACCGUGAUCAUUGGCGCCGUGCUCAUACCCUUCCUUGUGUCCGCCGAAUGUCUGCCGAACCCCGCAGAAUGGUUCUUGAAGACCAAGGCGGCCCUGAUCCACAGUCCGCAGCCAGGCGGUGGAGAUUCGGCUGGCACUUCCUCCAUACUGCCCACAGGAUCGCCCUUUCUGCAGCAGAACGUGGGCCGGAAUGUGAAAAUUGUGAACCGGAAUGGCAUUGAGCAGUUCGUAAUUCGGGUGAACAAAACCAAUCCGAGUGCUAGCACCACCAGGAGCACCACCACUGGCCCCAACAUCGUGGCCACCAGUUCCAGCAGCAGCAGCAGCACCUCCACCACAACGACGACGACAACCGCUCCAGCCCCCACAAGCACAAGCACCACCACUACGACAACCAGGGAGCCGCCGGUGACCACUCCGAGGUACCCGGCCCCGCCGCCGCCUCCGCCGGCGACCACGAUCACCACCCGCAUCAUCCAGGUGCCCCUACUCAAGUCCGCCGCCAAGAAGCCCAUAAUGCCGCCAGUGCUGGCCAAAGUCCAGGGGCCGCAGAUCCAGGCCGGAGGAGGCCAAAACUCCAGGCUGCAGGUACAGGCGGGCACGGAGCACGAGUCGCAAUCGAAAUUGGAAUCGGAAUCGCAAUCGGAGGGCGGAGGGCAAAAGAGCAACGGUGCCUGGAUAAAGACGCACUGGGCCUACAUCGAUCCAUCGACGUACUUCCAAUGGAGCGGCUACAAGGACGAGGAUAGCGUGCUGCUGCCCGCUCUGCUGGGCUUCGCCCUCAUCGGAGUGAUUUUGAUCAUCACGGUCUGCCUGGUGGCACGCAACAAGCGCACCAUUGUGUCCUCCGUCCGCAAGCGGAAUCGCAAUGACAUCGAGGAACAGGGCGCCGAGGACAACGCCACCCUGCUGACCACCACCAACCUGUCGGACGACGACUAAUUGGAGCUCGUUCAGAUGAUUCCCUGUUCGCCCUCGGUUCCAGCUUUUGAUUUCCGGCCUGCUUGAGCGAUCCAAAGUCGCUGGCUGGGCCAUCGCCCACUUCGCCCAUCCGUUUGAGACACACACGAUUACCCAGACACCUGGACCUGCUGAGAUGGCUCCACGCCAGCUGAUCCAGUAUGCUAAUCCCGAUCCCGAUCCCCAAAUUUCCCCUCCGCUUCUGGCCAUGAGGCAGGCGGAAGGCGGAGCAAAGAGUAAUCCAAGCACGAAGAAGACUGUUUCUGAAACUACUGUUUAGCUAUCCCCAAAUUUUUCCAAUGCUUGUCUUCACCCCGCACUGUCCCCCCCCUCUUACCAAUCACCCAUCCUUACAAAACUGUGUGCGUGUGUGUGCUGAUAGUGUGUGUGUAUGUGUGUGUGUGUGAUCCCCAAGAUACCCGUUACUUAUAAAUAUGCAUAAAUGCAAGAGCUAGCUUGAUAACUUGACGUGCGAGGGAUGUGGUGGUGUCCACGCUGGCCACUGAGCCCCUCCGUGCACCACCAAUAGCUGGGCUCUCGGCACGAAGAUGUGACAAUGUUCGAUCUCAUCCGAAGUACUUUCCAAACUAACCGAGCUUUUUAAACACAAUCCACCUUUUGUGUCUGCUGUUCCUGCUGCUCUGAAACCAAUUGGUGGACGCAUCGCGGAAAAGGGAGCACCGAGGCACAAAAGCACCGAGGCACAGCCCUCGGAAAACGCACUCAAAUCAAAUGAAACGUCCAGAGAUAUGAAUAUUUUUUUGCAAGCGACUACACCUAAUUUGCAGCACAGGCAGGCGGGGAUGGGGAUGGGGAUGCAAGUCCGUCUUGGCCCAAAACGCUUGGCGAUUCGAUUCGAUUCGAUUCAGAUGGGACAGUUGGGCAGUGAGCAGUAGGGCGGUGAGAAACCGUAGCGGGGGACUACUGUUCGUCUAUAUAAACUGUGUAUAACUGUGAGGCAUUGACAAGUAUUUGAGAUGAUCUGUAUUUUUGUAAGCGUAAUAUUUAAAGCGGCAGCCAAUAACGAGACAACCAAAUCCAGAGAAGCAACUAUAAAGCGUAAGAUAUCGGGCGCAGCAGCCAACACACGCGACACACAAUUUAUUUGCUCAACGCAGUACACACCACACAUGAUACAUACAGCAUAAAUGUAAAUAUAUAUAUAUUUAUCUGCAUACAUAUAUAUAUAUACAGAGUAAGUUACGCAAAGUAUGAGGCUUGCAUUUACAUUUACGAGCGGGAUAUAUCCUCCAUAUGUAUAUGUUAUCACUAAUUUGCAAAGCUAAACUAAGUCCAUAUAUACAAACCAAAUAUCGGAGGUGCAAGUGACGAACACACACUAUAUUGAAUGUUUUUGCUUGUUAAAGUAAAUAAUAAAAAUGAAAACUCGAAAU